AUGGUUGAUCCAGAUCAAGAUCGGAUGUUACCAAUUGCAAACGUGGGGAGGAUAAUGAAGCAAAUUCUUCCGGCAACAGCGAAAAUCUCAAAGGAAGGGAAACAAACAAUGCAGGAGUGUGCAACUGAGUUCAUAAGUUUUGUGACUGGCGAGGCUUCUGACAAGUGUCACAAGGAGAAUCGAAAGACCGUCAAUGGGGACGACAUCUGUUGGGCUCUCACUGCUCUAGGGUUUGAUAACUACGCUGAGGUUAUAGUAAGGUAUUUACACAAGUUUAGGGAAGCAGAAAGAGACAAGGCCAAUCAAAUUACUUCUACGAAUAAUAAUCCCACUACUACUACUACUACUAGCCCUUCUCAUCAUCCUUCUCUUCCUACUACUACUACUACUACUACUUCUACUGCUACGACUACUACUUAUCAUGCUGAUCAAGACAAGGAUCACCAUCAUCAUCAUCUUCAUGUUCUCUCCAAAAAUACUUGCGGUACUACUACUACUACUGGUACACCAUUAACUCUUAUGGAGUUUAAGAUCAUUGAGAAGGGAAGUGAUCAGUAUAACUCUCUUAUGAUGAGACCACAUCUUGAUGAAGCAGAAUGA